CGCUUACAAAAUCGCAACAAUUAAUGUCUUGGGUGCGACUUAGCUGAACGAACGUAGAAUUAAAUACUUCGCAGCAGGUGCUGCUAAUUAUUUAAAGUUUUGCCUUGUUCGUGUUGAACUUGAAUGCACCACGGGGGCGGAGUUUGAAGACCAAUGAAGUUUAGCCUUAGCAGCAGGAAGAAGCACACAGGCUACAGCAACCACUAACACUACCACACUGGCGGAAGGAGCAAGAUUCGCGGACUUGGAUUGAGUCUCUCAGCCGUGACGUUUCUUGACGAAUAUACUAUUGCCUGAGUCCAGUGACUGUUUUGUUCGUUCCAACACAUUUUCUUCUACCGUGGAAGAGGCGGGGGCUCCCAGCCAACGGGACACUGGCCGAGGGUAGAGUCGUAGAACGAAGGAGAUCAUCGGCUUCGCCACGGCUGUUUUAAAUCAGGGUGCAGCACUGAGCCUUCUGGCUCUUCACUGAUGCUGAGAGAGGAUGAAGAGGUUUAGGCGACACGGUCACGAGUCCCAGAGAGAUCGACUCAAACAGGAGCUGUACCAGUUCAACAAGACAUUGGAGCAUGGAUUCCCCCACCAGCCCAGUGCUCUGGGGUACAGUCCCUCCCUCAAGCUGCUGGCCAUCGGUAACCGCUCAGGAGCCAUCAAACUGUAUGGAGAUCCAGGGGUGGAGUUCAUGGGUUUACACGAUGAGAACGCUGCUGUCACACAGGUGCACUUCCUCCCACACCAGGUUGAGCUGGUGACUUUGCUAGAUGACAACAGUCUGCACAUGUGGACAUUAAGAGCCCACAAUGGACUGUCUGAGCUGCUAGAGAUUGGACGGUUUAUGCUCACAGGACCUCCUGGUGCUCCGCCUAGUGUGACACGAGUCACAGCAGUGCUGGCCCACUCCUCUGGGGAGCUGCUGCUGUUGGGUACAGAGGGGGGACAUGUCUUCAUAGUCGAGGUCCCAGGAUUCAGAGAGCUGGAGGAGAGGAACAUUAGUCUUGAACAAGUGGCCAACGGUGUACCAGACGACUACAUUGGCCGGCGGAAUUUAGAACAUGUGGAAGCUCUGCAGGAAAACCCAGUCAAUCCAAACCAAGUGAUCAUUGGCUACGGGCGAGGUCUAAUGGUCAUAUGGGAUCUGGAGAAACAGUGUGCCCUUCAGCACAUCCCUGCCACACAGCAACUGGAGAGCGUAUGGUGGAUAGACGAUGGCAGCUACGUUCUCAGUUCACACAGUGACGGAAGUUAUUGUCGAUGGAUGGUGGGUGAGGAAGAUUUAAAUGAUGAGGAAGAGAAAUCAGACAUUCCUUAUGGUCAUUUCCCUUGUAAAGCUAUUUCUAAAAUCAUUCAGCUGCCCACUGAAGAAGGGCCUCCGUUCCUGCUGUUCAGUGGUGGUAUGCCGAGGGCCAGUUACGGGGACAGACACUGCAUCACAGUGAUCCACGGUAAAAAACACAUAGCGCUGGACUUCACCUCCAGGAUCAUUGACUUCUUCGUCAUCAGAGAAGGACCGCGGCACACAGGUGAUCCCAGUGCACUGGUGGUCCUGGUAGAGGAAGAGUUGGUGGUGAUUGACCUCCAGACUGAAGGCUGGCCGGUCAUUCAGACUCCAUACCUGGUCCCUCUCCACAGCUCCGCCAUCACCUGCUCCCACCAUGUUUCUGCCAUUCCCCUCAAACUCUGGGAAAGGAUCCUUGCUGCAGGAGAACUGCAGAACACGCACUACUCUAAAAAGCCAUGGCCAAUAACUGGAGGCACCAACAUGGCCCCAGAUCCUCCACAGAGAGACCUGCUGCUGACAGGGCAUGAAGAUGGAACAGUGUGUUUCUGGGAUGCAUCAGGAGUCUGUUUGUAUCCCAUGUACAAGCUGAGCACAGCUGGAGUUUUUCACACAGACUCUGACCCCAAUGAUAACUUGAACCAGAGCUCAGAAGGAGAGUGGCCGCCGUUCAGAAAGGUCGGGUGUUUUGACCCUUACAGCGAUGACCCGAGGCUCGGCGUCCAGAAGAUCCAUCUAUGUAAAUACAGUGGUUAUCUGACUGUUGCUGGCACGGCUGGACAGAUUCUGGUCCUGGAACUUAACGAUGAGGCAGCAGAGCAGACUGUGGAGGCCAAAGUUGUGGACCUACUGCAAGGCCAGGAGGGCUUCCGAUGGAAGGGUCACACUCGUCUGGACGUGAGGGAUGAGCCUGUGAUGUUCCCUCCGGGCUUCCAGCCCUUCGCCCUGGUCCAGUGCCAGCCUCCUGCUGUAGUCACUGCACUGACGCUGCAUUCGGAGUGGAAGCUGGUGGCUUUUGGCACCAGCCACGGCUUUGGCCUUUACGACUACCAACAGAAGAACAACGUCCUUGUCAAGUGCACCCUGAACCCUAGUGAUCAGCUGGCCAUGGAAGGUCCUCUGUCCCGGGUGAAGAGCAUCAAGAAGUCUCUCAGACAGUCCUUCAGGAGAAUCAGAAGAAGCAGGGUGUCACUCAGAAAGCAUCACGUCAACAAUGCUGCGAAGAUUCAGGAUGCCAACGCUCGUCUCGAGGCAGAGCUGGCUGAAAUGGAGCUAGCGCCUGUCCAGAGAAAGAUCGAGGCUCGUUCUUCGGACGAUUCUUUCACCGGCCUCGUGAGAACGCUCUACUUUGCCGACACCUUCCUGUCAGACAGUUCCCAUAACAGCCCCUCCCUAUGGGCAGGGACUAAUGGUGGCUGUGUGUUUGCAUACAUGCUCCGUGUGCCUACAGUAGAGCAUAGAGCAGAAGAACCAAUCACAGCACAUCAGGCUAAAGAAAUCCAGCUGAUGCAUCGGGCUCCUGUGGUUGGGAUCGUGGUGUUGGACGGACAUGGAGCUCCUCUCCCUGAGCCGCUGGAGGUGGCCCACGACCUGGCUCGCUCACCUGAAAUGCAGGGGUCCCACCACCUCCUGGUCAUUUCAGAGGAACAGUUUAAGGUUUUUACUCUGCCUAAAGUCAGUGCGAAGAUGAAACUAAAACUGACAGCCGUAGAUGGUUCCAGAGUACGCAGAGUGGGCGUGGCCUGGUUUGGCAGCAGUCGCUCGGAGGACUACGGUGAGAGUGGCCUGGUGGUUCUUACCAACCAGGGUGACGUACACGUGGUGUCACUGCCCACCGUGAAGAUGCAGGUGCACUACCCGUGCAUACGUCGGGAGGACGUCAGCGGCAUCGCUUCCUGUGUCUUUACCAAACACGGCCAAGGGUUCUAUCUCAUCUCUCCGUCCGAGUUUGAGCGAUUCUCUCUGUCGACACGUUUCGUGGUGGAACCUCGCUGCUUGGUGGAGGUUCCUCACUCAGGCACCACUAAACAAAACAGAAUUACCAGGAACGACAGUGAGGAUGCAGAAAGUGCAGCUAGACGUGUUAUGGAGCAUGCUUUGCUGAAUGAUGAGAAGGUACUGCAGGAGAUCCAGAAGUCCCUGGAGGGAGACCAGACGUCAUUUGUGGAGAAUCACGUGAAGAACGCUGUAGCUUGAGAAUCGCUGCUUUCCAAUUCUGAACUGACUCGCUGACGUCCCCGAAGCUUUCUGCAGAGAUGCAACCACAACCACUACUGUUCCCUGACCCUUGAACCCUCUCCUCCAGAGUGACUGACCGCCUACUGACUCCUAACUUUUACCUUGUAGAGAGACGCCAAAGGACUCGUAGCAGUAGUGAGCUCAGUGCACCGCACUGCAAUGCUGACUGCGGGCUGAUAUUGUAGACAGAGUAAAAGAAAAAAAAAAAAAAACACCCUGUGCCUACAGUGACACACAGAACGUGGUCACACACACCUGCUUUAACCCAAAAUCAACACGAUGAACAUUCCUGACAUGUGAUCAGUGCGAAUAAUCCUCAUCCAUGCUUCUCACCUCUUCUGUCGGCACCUUUUUUUUUUUUCUUUUUUUUUAGCUGUGUGAAAUGAGUUAGUUUUCAUCAUCACCUGUAUUUUACAGUAAUUUAAACCUGUUAAAGUCUAAAUGUGGACCUCAUGGUCUCACACGACAAUAUUUUAAAAGUUCAACGUCUGAGUCUGAAUUUAUGCCUUUUUUGAGGUAAAAUUCUUUCAGGAAAGAAUAAAUGCUGAAUGUUGGGCCUAGUCUCAAAAAAAAAAAAAAUCAACUGGCAUCCAGCGUUAUUGUAUCAGAGACAGGAUGCUCAGUUUAAAACUUUUUGUGACAUUUAAACAGAUUUUAUAAGCACAAUUAGACCUUCAGUCAUGUUAGAGAGACAGUGAUUGUGGGACAACACCUUUGACUUUUGCCAAUGUUUCCAAUACUGUAUGUCCCCUUCACCAGUCCCUUCAAACACCUGUAUCUUGGUUCCAAAUUUUGGUUUAUUUACUUGAGUAAUUCUAAUUGUGUUUAUGUGAGUUCUAAUGAGGUUUUAAUAUAGAUUGGUUCUGAAAUAUCUGUUUAUUGUCAAUUUAAAUUUAACUCUUAAUUUAAAUGGUGCCUUGACUUUAAAGAAAAACAUUUACUUUCUUUCCACUUUAAUGAACUCUGGUAGGACUUUAAAUUUAGUUGAGAUUUUUUUUUUAAAGUUGUCUCGUGAUCCCAAACUAAAGAUAGAAUUUUAUUUUAUUUUUUUUCUCUUAUUUGGCCCAAAUUGUCUCCAUAAUUUUCAGGUGUAAUGAUAACACCAUAAAAUUGGACAUGUUUUGAUUAAAU